UCUCACUUCUAGUUUCUGCACAAAGACAUUGAUUUUUACUUUUACCUGGAAGCUUAUAUGUAUCCCAGAAUAAUCACAUACCCAUCACUUUCCUUCCUAGCGCGUGCACCCACGUUCACUCCAACCCCAUUGAAUGAACCCGAAGGUACAAUCCACGCGCCUUUCAUUUCUCACCGACCUUAUUAUAUCUACUUUUCUCAUCAUCUAUUCUCUCAGAUACUGACACGGAUUAGUACCUAUUACCCAAAACCAACAAACAAAUAAAUUAGAAAACACACCCACAUAGUAAAUUUGAGAAAUAUCAAAGCUUUUUUCAGUUGCAGGAAACAUGGAAGAAGACCAAGAAACAGUACCCACUUCACCAAAACAAGCAUCAUCAUCAUCACCAUCAUCAUCGUACAUGUUACUUCUUAGGGUUAUGAGCAAAAGGAGAACAUGGGUAUGUAUUUUUGUUACAGUUUAUGGCAUCCUUUUAACUUGUUCAUGGAAUUUCCUUGAAUCUAUACUUUCUUGGUACAAAUUACAAUCCCAGCCAUCUUCUUCUUCUUCAUCUGGGUGGCCUGCCCUUUAUGCCUCUGUGCUUCUGGGGGCAGUAUUUGGGAUGCUUUCAAUGGUUGCAGCCCUUGCAGUGAUGGUUCCUGCCACUUUGGUCACAUGGAUCACAAUUAUUGUUUUAUUGACUUUCUUUGGGAAGCCAAAGAGGGAUUUAGUUGUGGAAGGAAGGAUGAUUACUAAGGAAAUCGUUGGGUUUCUGCUCAAGAUUUUGUUGAAAGAGGGGAAUGUUGUGGCUGCUGUUUGUGCUGUUUUGGGCUACUUUGCACUUGUGAGGAGGAAUAAUGAGGGUGAUUUAUUGAAUGGUUAGAUGGGUUUGGUUUCUGAUUUUGAAUUUGAAUUUGAAUUUUGAUGGGGUUGGUUUGUGAUGUAGGGAUUUUGAUAUUGGGGAGAAGGGUUUUCAAAUUCAGAAUUCUUGUGGGCUUUUUUUGAAACUUUUUUUUUUUAGGCUGGGUAUGUAACACUAGCAGUUCUAGAUUUGUUAAUUAUAAUGUAUGUUUUUGGUGAUUAAUUAAUCUAUCUAAUGAGCUGCUCUUCCUUA